AUGUCAUCCGCACGAACAGAAAUGGACCGAUCGAGUGGAGACAAAGAGACAGCAUUCUGGUCUGCACAAGAGGAUGGUCCUGAGAAGACGUCGUAUGGCGUAGCCACAGCCCAACAAGAAGCAGCUCGACAAAAGGAUAUAGAAUUUCGUCAGAAGUUUGGUGACGCUGGUCCCCUCGGUCUCUCUGGGUUUGCCUUCGCGACGUUCUUGACAGCCUUGGUCAACCUCAAUGUUCACGGCGUGACGAUUCCCAAUAUCGUCAUUGGACCGGCUCUGGCUUAUGGAGGGCUUGCUCAAUUACUUUCUGGCAUGUGGGAUAUCGCAAAUGGCAAUACAGUCAGCGCAACUAUUGCCUGCUCGUAUGGCUGUUUCUGGAUCUCUUUUGCCAUUAGUAUGAUCCCCAGUUUCAACGUCAGGGACGCUUACCCUACCCUAGCCGACUAUAACCACGCCAAUGGACUAUUUCUUAUGGGGUUCUUCAUCUUCUCAGUGGCCAUAACUCUGUGCUCUAUGAAGUCGAAUGUCUUUUCUCUGACGCUUUGCCUUCUCGUUAAUUGCACCUGGCUCUUCCUCGGGGUGGCUAACCUCUGGACUGAAGAGUCGGGCGCUCCUAAUAACGUGCUCCUCAAGUGCGGCGGUGUGACUGGCUUGUUGGUUUCAUUCACAGCAUGGUAUCUUAUGUAUGAAGGUUUGGCAAAUAGACAGAAUAGAAGUGGUCUGGUCAUUUCUUCGACUAUGGAACUCUCCAACAAAGCCGCCUAUCUUCUCAGCCCCAACAGUCCCCUGAUUGAGGUCAAGUCUGCACCCGUUCCUCGGCCCGGACCAAAUGAACUACUCAUCAGAGUAGAAGCCGUUGCUAUCAACCCAGUCGAUGCCGUCAAACAGUCCAUGGGCAACAUGAUGUUUGAAUGGCUCACGUAUCCUCUUAUUCUCGGUUACGAUGUCGCCGGCCAAGUUAUCAAAGUUGGGGCUGACGUGAAUCAAUUCAAAGAAGGUGAUAGGAUCGUGGGACUGGCAGCUGGUAUGGAUAAGCGUGGACGAAGACCUGAUGAGGGCGCUUUCCAGGAGCUGGUGGUGAUCAGAGAGCAUUUGGCCAUCAAAAUCCCCACGGGCAUGAAGAGCGCUCACGCGAGCGUCUUGCCACUUACUGCGGUUACCACUGCAUGCGCACUCUUCCAAAAGGAUCAACUCGCGCUUCAAAUGCCUCAGCCCAAGGCGCUUCGCAAACCCACUGGUGAGACGGUCCUGAUUUGGGGAGCUAGCACGAGUGUUGGGAAGAAUGCUGUGCAACUUGCUGUCGCAGCAGGAUACAAUGUCAUCGCCACAGCAUCACCCAAGAACUGGGAUGCCGUUCGCAGUCUCGGCGCAUCAGCAGUAUUCGACUAUCGCAGCUCAUCAGUCAUAGACGAUAUCGUUACAAGUCUAAAGGGCAAGAAAUGUGCAGGUGCCGUAGCCAUCGGCCAAGGAUCCCUGGUAAAGUGUGUCGACAUCGUCACAAUGAUUCCCAGCGCUGCAAAGAAGGUAGCCCAAGUCACCCUUGAUAUGCCAGCGUCGCCACCAACGAGCAAGUUAUCCAUGGUUCCAUUCGUCGCAAAGUAUCUCUGGCUGUCCUCAACAAACAGACUCAAGGUCAUGACCAGCGGAGUCCGAAGCAAGUUUGUUUUUGGGACGGAUAUCAUGGAGUGGGAUGUUGAGGGCAAGAUUGCCUUGUAUUUGAGUGAAGCACUAGAACUUGGAGAGUAUGACUUGCCUUCGGAAAUUCGAGUUAUAGGCUCGGGUCUAGAAAGCAUUUCUGAGGCACUUCAUGAGGUGCGAAACGAGACAUCUGGAAAGAAAAUUGUAGUUGUAUUAGAGUGA